AUAAUAAUAAACUACAUACAUAUUCCUGCACAAAGCACACAUCCCCAAAGCUAAAUACUCAAAGAAAAUUCAAUAUCAAUACGCAUUUCCCCCUUUACUAUGCACGUCUAGUUGUCUUCUUCACACUCCCCUAUACCAUUUGCAACCCAUUUCUUACUGAUCUAAAGAUUGAAUCCUUUCACUUGCUUUCCAAUAUAAAACAUAUUGUGUUCACUAUCAAGAUUUGUUAUGUCUUGUCCUUUUCUGUUCUGUUAAGCACUUGCCUAUUUCUUCCAUUGAACUCUUCCUCAACUCCUCAAAAAUCUCUUUCUUUCUUUCUUUCUUUCUUCAUUUAGUCCUUACCCAAAAUAAAAUAUUGCUUUAUUCCAAAAACCCAUAAAAACCCAUAUUUUUUUUGUCAUUUCUUCCAUUGAACUCUUCCUCUCGUGUUCCAGAUUCUCUGUUUGCCCGGAAAAUUUCUUUUCAUCAACCACAUUCAAGAAAAGAAUCUCGGUUAAUUUCCAAAAACCAAGAAAAACCCACAUUUUUUUUCAAUAAUAUUGCUUAAUUCCAAAAACCCAUAUUUUUUUUCAUAAAUAAUUGUCAUUUCUUCCAUUAAACUCUUCCUCACGUGUUCAAGAUUCUAAUUUUCCAGGAAAAUUUUGAUUCAUUAGCCAUAUUCAAAGAAAAGAAUCAUUAAUUUCCAAAACCCAGAAAAAACCCAGAUUUUUUUUUUGUUGUUACAUUUCGAUUUGGGUAAUGGGUAAUUGUUUCGGGUCGAGAAAGUCGGGUCGGGUCGAGAUUGCACCGGCCGACAUGCUAAAGAAACAUCCGUCCGUCAAACUUUACGGUCAUCCAAAUAGUAUUCCAACUUAUUACAUUCGAUGUGCUCUUCUUUACAAGCCCGUUACCGUCAAUUUUACUCCCUCCAUUAUUCACCAAUCACCGUUACUACAGUACAAAUCCGACACCGUUACAGGGUCCGUUAAUGACGUGCUCCGUUACUUGGACGUUAAGUUUCCUGACCCGAAGGUGUUAACGGGGUGUUAUGAUGAAACGACGCCGUUUGUGGUUUGGUUGGUUAUUUUGCAGCAUAGGAGUAUGACGUGGCAUUUGGAGAGAAUGGGGAGGUGGGCUGAGGAUUUGGCAGCGCGUGGAGGGAAAGCGCGUGGUGAUCCGGCUAUGGGGACCCCACGUAUGGAGAUGAGGAAGUUUGCUAGGGGUUAUUCACAGUUGUUGGAGUUGAUGCUUGAACAUGCUCAAAUGGAAGAGAGAGUUGUGUUUCAAAUCUUGGAAAAGGCUGAUAGAGGAUUGUCUAAAGCUGCAAAUGAGGAGCAUGCAAGGGACCUUCCUAUGAUGAAUGGUAUUAAAGAAGAUAUCAAAUCUAUAGGAGUUCUUGAUUCAGGUCAUCCUGCCUACCAAGAGUCCCUUUGCAACCUCUCUACUCGACUCAAAACCUUAAAGAAGCAUAGCAAGAAACACUUUGAAGAGGAGGAGAAGAAUCUACUGCCACUGAUGGAGGCAACUGAAUUGAGUAAAGCGCAACAGGAUAAAGUCCUAGACCAGUGCCUGGAUGUCAUGCAGGGGACCCAUUCACAUCUGUUUCGUUUCUUUAUGGAAGGCCUCCUCCCUCAGGACGCAAUGCAUUACUUGGACAUGCUUUCUAGGUGCAGCGACCAAAACCGAGUAACCUCAAUGCUCAGGUUAAUUGUUGACAAGGUUGUAUGAUUCAAUUUGACUAUCAGUCAUCGUUUCUUUAAAAUACGGAUACAAUCACUCGACGAUUGAGAAAUUAAUCAUUGAGCUUGGUCCAGCUUUGCUGUUAAAGUGGAGCACUUGAUGCUAUGAUCACUGUAAUGCUUUGCUUUGCUCUUCUUUAAUGUCCUUUAAGCACCAUUGGUACCUUUUGUGUAUUUCUUUCACGAGGCAGAUACUCAAAGCAAAAGGGAGGAGAGGUUGCCUUUUGUUCUUUUCUACUUUUCAUUUUUUUUAUAUUUUUACUUUAGCAGUUUAGCUGGUUAUAGUAAUCUGUACAGAAGUGAAACAUCAAGGGGACAAGCUUUGAUGGAUGUUGCUUUGAAUCUACUUCUCUGUUAAUGUAAAUAAUUUGAAGGUU